AUGAAUACCCGGCAGGUUAUUGAUGAAUCCGUGGGGCCCGUUUCACUCUCUACUGCAUUCAAUAGUGAUAACAGCUGCUUCUCCGUUGGCCUGGAUACAGGAUUUUGCGUCUUCACUGCCGAUCCAUGCGAGCUCAAGGUGUCAAGAGAUUUCAACGCUGGCAUUGGGGUAGUGGAAAUGAUGGGCCAGUAUAACUUCCUUGCCAUUGUCGGAGGAGGGAAACAACCCAAAUUCCCUCAAAAUAGGUUGGUGAUCUGGGACGACGUAAAGCAGAAAGGGGUCAUAAACCUCGAAUUCCGCACUUCAGUCUUGGGCGUCCGUCUAUCAAGGUCGCGCAUUGUCGUCGCAUUGCUAAACAGUAUCCACAUCUUCGCCUUCUCUAAUCCUCCAAACAAACUUUCGGCUUUCGAGACGUCGGAUAAUCCAAUGGGGCUAGCUUGUCUGGGGCAGAAGUUGCUUGCUUUCCCGGGUCGGUCUCCAGGGCAAGUUCAGCUGGUAGAACUGGAAACCGGCAAUGUCAGUAUCAUUCCGGCACAUAGUACACCUCUGCGAGCUAUGGCGUUGAGCCCGGACGGCGAAGUGCUGGCAACAGCAAGUGAAUCGGGUACGUUGAUACGGGUAUUCUCUACAAGCAACUGCACCAAGAUGGCCGAAUUACGACGAGGAGUGGACCACGCAGUGAUCUUUUCACUCGCCAUCUCUCCUUCAAACAACAUGCUAGCCGUUACCUCGGACAAGUCAACACUUCAUGUCUUCGAUCUCCCUAACCCACGCAACCCAGCAUACCGUAGCCAGUCACCUCCUUCUCAGUCUGAAGAAGGGACCAACCAGAAGUGGGGCAUUCUCGGCAAGAUACCGUUGCUUCCCAGAGUGUUCUCAGACAUAUAUUCAUUUGCAAGUGCACACUUCGAGAUUGGUGACGAAGCACCGCUGAGCUAUGUUCCAUCUCUUGGGACCUCGUUUGCGCGACCUCCCAAGGGGGUCAUAGGCUGGUCCGACGACCAAACAAUCUUGAUCAUCGGCGCAGGCCGUGACGGACGAUGGGAAAGAUUCGUCAUUCGUGAAGGAGAUGAUGGGAAACGGUAUUGCAUAAGAGAAGGAUGGAAAAGAUAUUUGGGUGGUUGA